AUGGCCGCUGCCGUGCCCUUGCGCCUCGCCGGCCUCCUCGGCCUCGGCCUCGCCUCCCGCACGCGACCAAACCCUAAGCCACACCUCUCCUUCGCCUUCUCCUCCUCGACCAUCUCCGCGCCUCUCGCGGCCGACCGGGUCCGCGAGGACGAGAGUGGCCUCCUCUCGCGGCGCCUGCUCCGGCUCCGCUUCCGCUCGCCGCGCGGGGCCGCCGCGGCUGCCAUCGAGAGAUGGGCCCGGGAGCGCGUCCACAUCUCGCAGCCGGAGCUCCGUCGCGCAAUCGUGAUGCUCCGGCGCGCGCGCCGCUACGAGCACGCCCUCGAGAUUUUCUCUUGGAUGGAAUCAUGCAACUCUCUUCAACUGUCGUCAUGGGAUCAUGCAGCAAGACUGGACUUGAUUGCUAAAGGUUACAGUACUUCUCAAGCUGAGGAAUACUACAACAAACUACAGAGCCCUGCUGCCAGACAAGCUGCAUCGUUCCCUCUCCUCCACUGCUAUGUUACAGAAAGAAAUGUACAGAAGGCUGAAUACUUCAUGGCCCAGUUGCAGAGUCACGGGUUGCCUGUAGAUCCUCACUCUUUCAAUGAAAUCAUGAAACUCUAUGUUGCAACCUGUCAGUAUGAGAAGGUCCUUAGUGUUAUUGACCUCAUGAAACGGAACAACAUUCCCAGAAAUGUUCUCUCCUACAACCUUUGGAUGAAUGCUUGUGCUGAAGUCUCUGGUGUUGCCUCAGUACAAUCAGUGUUCCAGGAGAUGUUGAAUGAUGAGACGGUCGAGGUUGGUUGGAGCACAUACUGCACACUAGCCAACAUUUUCAGGAAGAAUGGACUGAACACUAAAGCGCAAGCUUGCCUUAGGAAAGCUGAAACAAAACUGUCACCAACAGGGCGCUUAGGAUACUCUUUUGUAAUGACAUGUUAUGCGGCUCUGAAUGACAGCGAUGGAGUUAUGAGAUUGUGGGAGGCUAGCAAAAGUGUGCCAGGUAGAAUCCCCACUGCAAACUACAUGACUGCUAUGUUAUGUUCAAUAAAAGUUGGCGACAUCAGCCAGGCCGAGUGGAUCUUUGGAAGCUGGGAAGGAGGGUGCAGGAAGCAUGAUGUGCGGGUUUCAAAUGCUCUUCUUGGUGCUUAUGUGAGGAAUAGGUGGAUUGAAAAGGCUGAGAGGCUCCACCUCCACAUGCUAGAGAAAGGAGCAUGUCCAAAUUACAAGACAUGGGAGAUAUUGAUGGAGGGUUAUGUUCAGAGUAGGCAGAUGGACAAAGCUGUGGGUUGCAUGAAGAAAGGUUUCUCUCUGUUGAAGAGUUGCCAUUGGAGACCUCCACUUGAACUGAUGGAGGCCAUUGGCAAACAUUUCGAAGAGCAAGGAAAUUUUGACGAUGCAUAUCGAUACAUUAAGGUUCUCCAGAGGUUUAACUUGACAAGCUUGCCCCUGUAUAAGUCAUUGAUUCGAGCAUAUAUCAAUGCUGAUGUUGUGCCACCGAAUAUCCUUGAGAUGAUUGCAAAAGAUCAGAUUGAUAUGGACGAAGAAAUGGACCGGUUGAUCAUACUUGCUGGCAAGAUAGAUAUCACAUGCAAUGGAUAG